AUGGGCGCCUCAGGCAGCGGCAAGACAUCGAUGCGCUCAUUGAUCUUCUCGAACAACCCCGCGUCGUUGACUGCUCGCCUGGGCGCCACUAUCGACGUUGAGCAAAACCAUGUUCGAUUUCUGGGUGACCUCAUCCUCAACCUGUGGGAUUGUGGGGGCCAGGAUGCCUUUAUGGAUUCCUAUCUCACCACACAACGUUCAACAAUUUUUCAACAAGUCGGUGUCAUGAUAUACGUGUUCGACGUCGAAACAAGGGAAAUGAACAAGGAUUUGGAGUACUACCGUGACUGUCUCGAUGGGCUAAGGCAAUUUAGUCCGAGCGCAUCUGUAUUUCUUCUCGUGCACAAGAUGGACCUUUUACGGGAACCACGCCAACCCUCUUUCGAGAAGAAAAGGAAGGAACUGCAAGAUGCAAGCGGCGAAGGCACCGUCUCGGUGUUUGGAACCAGUAUCUACGACGAAAGUCUCUACAAGGCAUGGUCCAACAUUGUGCACACCCUGAUCCCAAACGCGAGCAUUCUUUCAAAACAUUUGACGACCUUUGCAGUGGCUUGCAAUGCAACCGAAGUGAUUCUCUUUGAGAGAACGACCUUCCUUGUUGUGGCCACCUCAUCUAAUCUGCCUGACAUGCCUGACAUUCCCUCGACUGCUUCAUCUCUUGGCUCUGAUACCACAGGUGGGGGAGAUGCGCGCGGACUCGAUCCAACGCGUUAUGAGCGGACUUCUGAACUCGUUAAAGCUUUCAAGUACGCAUGCUCCCGCGUGAGGGAGGAAUUUCAUUCACUCGAGAUGGAACUAUACGAUUUUACUGCUGUCCUGGCUGAAAUGACCCGGAAUACGUAUGUUAUGGUCAUUGUGCAUGACCCCACCAUAGAAACAGCAGCUUUAAAGUUGAAUGUUCGAAUGGCUCGGCGCAAGUUUGAAGAAUUGCAAGGAGACAGCGUUGCGCUGUGA